AUGCGUUGUUCAUCCACGAUAUCCUCUGUUCUCCUCAGAAGCAGCCCCCAUCGCUACGUUGCCGCCAAAACGGCUGCGGCCGCAUCCACUAAUACGGCCCAAUCACCUCCCUUCGUAGUCAAUGUCCAGGGUCCUCACGAGGAAUCAAAAGAUGAUCACCAGAGUGCCUUACAAUCCCAACUCCAGUCUAUCCCUGCAGAUGUCACCACUCUAAAGAUUUACAACGACACUCUAUCUAACACAGAAUGGGCGUUGCUUGGGAAACACUUUUCCAAAAUUAACAAUCUCGAAAUGGACGCAGGGAUCAACGAAGAACUCAAUGAUAAACACAUGCCUCUACAUUGGCCGCUUCAACGAUUGCUGCUAAGUUCUGCUUGCGGUGAAAUCAUCGAAAGCUCGUGGGUGCGGCAGGGUCGAAUCUCCCACUUGAUCAUGUACCUGACUCAUGGCCUUCGCUUUGAAGGUCCCACAAGCAAGGAGCUGGUACGCAUGAACGAGGAAGCAAUUGCGCACGGAGAAAAAGAACAGCAAUUCUUCGCUGUCAAGGAAGGCACACCCGAAGAGAGAAAGAUCAGCAUUGUCUCGAUUCCGGAACUGGUGAAUGAGUGGAUGAACAACAAGUACUCGAACCCAGAUGCUACAGUGGAACCGGAGAAUAUGCCUCCGUCUGAACCUAUUCACCUGCACACUCUGGAAAUCCUGGAAAAUGACGCACUGGAUACGUUCUCGAGGAUGAUAAUGGCACUGCCCCAUUUGGUGACCAAUCUGCACACGCUGAACUUGCGUUCGACAAGUGGUCUCGACUUUCGUUAUCUUGACGAGAGGAUGUUUCGCCAGUUCCCGCCCCAACUGAGCAACUUGAAGACACUGCGAUUAACAGUGGGAGAAGUCUUCAAGGAUCCAUCCUAUUUGCCUACACUAUACGACUACCUUCCACCGAACCUGACCUCGCUGUCUUUCCGCGGUCCCGUGUCGCUGUGUAGGUCCGAGCAGUGGAGGGAAUGGGUGGAGGCUUUUGAGUCAAAGGACUUCCUUCCCAAUUUGGAGAACCUCGGGUUUGUUCUUGAUCUAUACUAUCAGCCAGGUGAGAGUGACUGGGUUAAAAAGGAGGAGGUCAGAGCACCGGAGGAAGCUCUCUGUGAGGCGCGGGAGGCCUGUGAGGAUCUCUAUGAGGCUGCCCGGCGGCGCGGUAUUGCCAUCUACCCAGUGCAUGAUGAGUGGGUCGUGAAAUACCCUUAUCUCAGACAGGUGGAUGAUCGAUGGCGGGGAUGA